AUGGGGCAUACGGUAUACGAUUUUAAUUUUGAUCACAACUUCGUGAAGCAAGCGAAUAUCAACUGGAUAUCAGUGUCGCAGCAUAACUUCGAUAAACCUGCUGAUUUAAAUCAGUUGGAUACAUUUUUCCGUCGAUCUUAUACGUUAACAGGAAUCAUUGUUAAAACGGAUUGUCAUUUAUUUGAAGAAAUCAUGAUUAAAGCAUCCGAAAAUAAGCGGUUAGGUUCAAAUUACAAAUGGCUUAUUAUAAACGAUGAUAGAGAUGGUUUAACAAGUAAUUCAAUGGAUGAAAACGUAUUUUCUAAAUUGAAUUUAUCAAUUAACGCAGACGUGACUAUUGCAAGGCGUGAAGGAUCGGAUUUUAAGUUGGAAGAAGUUUAUAAUUUCGGUAAGAUACAAGGCGGUCGGGUUGUUAGAAACGAAAUUGGGUUUUGGAGUUUGGAAAACGGUUUAUUCAUGAGACGAGGAUAUAAAUACUUGCGGAGAUUUUAUUUCGAAGGCAUCCACUUGAGAUUGAUGAUUGUGUAUCAAGGUAUUCCUGAAGAGUUUAAGCCCGAAAUAAUAUUGGAAAGAGAACUUGCUACUGGUAUCUCCAUUGUGACACAGGCUAGUGGCAUGAUACUUAAUGAAGUGGCAUCUAUACAUAAUAUCAAGUUCAAAUACAGCAUCUGUGAUAGGUGGGUGGGCGACUACAAACGAGAAAGCCCGUAUGCUGUGACAAAUGCCCUCCACUUCGGAGAUAUCGACAUAACCCCGAUCCUCCGCUUUCUUCCGUACCACUUUGAGUAUUAUGAUGUAAUACAUCAACCCGUGACUCAUGUUGAAGCAAGAUACUUCUACCGGAUACCAACAACAGGGGUCGGAAAGUUCGAGAACCAGUUUCUUACACCGUUCACGACUGGCGUGUGGUGGUGUGUGGUAGCCGUGGUGUCUCUGUGUGGUCUGGGCUUACUGCUGUCAGCUAUGUUAGAGCAACGUCCAUUGGCGCUGCACUAUGCGUUUUUCUCAGUGGUUGCUUUGACUUGCCAGCAAUUUUUUGAAGAUGUCAACGAGGGCGCCGUCAAAAGAAACUCCACAGCCAGAAAGCUCACAGUGCUUGUGACAGGGGUGUCAUGUGUCCUAAUAUUUAACUACUACACAAGCAGUGUGGUCAGCUGGCUGCUGAACGGUCCACCUCCUUCCAUAAACUCUCUCUGGGAACUGAUGGACAGCAGUCUGGAGCCGAUCUUUGAGGAUGUGGGGUACACCCGCUCUUGGCUUCAGCUACCAGACUAUUACUACAACAAGAAGACUGUUGACGCAGAAGAUGCGUUAAAAAAGAAGAUUAAGAAGAGAGGGAAAAUUGUCUUAACGUCACCCGCUGAAGGCGUAGAGAUGGUCCGGACAGGAGCGUAUGCGUUCCACUGCGAAACUAAUAGUGCAAAUAAAUAUAUAGCGAAGACCUUCACUCCCAAAGAGCUGUGUGAUUUGGACUCCCUGCCCUCGAUUGACAAGACUCCUCUCCAUACAGCCGUGCAGAAAAAUAGCCCGUAUAGAGAAUUUUUCGUUUGGAGUUACGCCCGCAUAACAGAGCAAGGUAUUAUCAACCUGGUUCACUCCAGGACCAAUUCCCGGGACAUGAAGUGUGAGGGCAGUUCCCCAAGGGCCCUGGCCCUCGGCGGGGCCUCUCCUGCAUUUCUGUUGCUUGCUCUUGGGUAUCUGUUGGGUACUAUCAUCAUGCUGUUUGAGAGGUAA